AUGCCCGCAUGGCUGAUGCUGUUCGUCGCUGUGCUGGCAACUUUUUCAACACAACAGCAAGUUGCUAGCACCUUGCGAAAUACGCGCUUAACAUCGUCGUAUGUGAAAAGUUUGAAAACGGAUAUAAUCGCAAUCAGUGACAGCGCUAUAGACUUUGACAUUAGUAGUGAAAGUGAACAGAUAACAAAUCGCCGGCUUACAAAUGAAGUAACAACGGAUACGGCAGUAGAUUCAGAACACCUCGACGAUAAUACAUAUAGUAAUAGAAAAGUGCUCGGUGAGAAAAUUAAACCAGAUCUAAAAAUUCUAGUCGAAAUUGAAAGUAGUUUAUUAUCACUAUUCAAUAUGAAAAGACCGCCAACAAUAGAUCGGUCCAAAAUUGUAAUACCAGAUGCCAUGAAAGAAUUGUACGAACAAAUAAUGGGACAGGAAAUAAAUUCAAUUAAUAUUCCAAAACGCGGUCUACUUACACAAUCAGCGAAUACUGUACGAAGUUUUACACAUCAGGAAAGCAAAUUAGAUGAAAAAUUCCCGCAUUAUCAUCGAUUCCGUCUGAGAUUUGAUGUGACUACCAUACCAAAAGCAGAAAAGCUUACGGCUGCCGAGUUACAAUUAACGCGCGACAAAGUUGUGAGAACUUCACAUCGUCCAAAUCAAGCGCUACGUAAACGCUAUCAGAUAUUAGUCUAUGACAUAACCGAAGUCGGUGUGCGCAAUAAACGGGAAUCAAGCUAUUUACUCUUGGAUAACAAGAGUGUACAUGCCAACUGCACCGACGCUAUCAGUUUGGACGUACAACCAGCCGUCGAUCGUUGGCUGAAACAUCCAAAGCAGAACUAUGGCCUGUUGGUGGAAAUUCGAGUAAUGCGCACUUUUAAACCUGCACCAGUUCAUCAUAUUAGAUUACGUCGCAAUGCGGAUGAAUCGCGUGAUAGUUGGAAACAUAAACAGCCCGUGCUCUUUGCUUACACUGAUGACGAAACUCAUAAGCCACGUAACUUACUUGAGCCAAGUAAGCGUACCAAACGUGCAGGACACAACCGUCGACGGCAACGCAACAAAGGCGACAGUAUUUGCAGUCGACAUUCGUUGUACGUUGACUUUGCUGAUGUUGGCUGGAGUGAUUGGAUUGUUGCUCCUCCAGGUUACGAUGCUUUUUUUUGCCAUGGAAAAUGUCCAUUUCCAAUGGCUGAUCAUCUGAAUGCAACAAAUCAUGCGGUUUUGCAGAACUUAGUACAUUACAUAGAUCCAGCUGAAACGCCUGAACCAUGUUGUGUGCCCACGCAACUGGACAGUAUAUCCAUACUGUACCUCAACGAUCAAAAUACUGUGGUUCUGAAAAACUAUCAGGACAUGACAGUGAUUGGCUGUGGUUGUCGAUAG